GGGAAUGUGAGGCUCGGCCAGGAAACACACAGCAAAGCGCCAGCCACAGCAGCAGGUGCAUUGCUAACUGCCGCCUUCCUUCGCCGCCUGCCCCAGCUAAGAUGGGGGCAAAGCACUUGUUCUCCUUGAUCUUCCGGAAAGGUGCCUCCCCCCUACGCAUGAGCCGGAAAUACCAGCCGGUGGGCAGCAAAGAACCAGAAGAAGAGGUAAAGGGGUGGCGGGGAAUGUGUGUUGCUGCUCGGGAAUGUCACUGCCUUGGAACAAUGUCUCUCCCGAACAAGCCCUCUAGCUCCGCUUGCGGAGGGUGGGCUGUCACUCUGGCAGCUGCCUUGGGUCAUCUCCAGAUACGAAAUGGUAAUCAAGUGCUGUUAAGUGGUGGUCCUAACUUUUGGAAUCCCUUGCCCCUUUUCUCUCUUUUUUAAAAAGCUUAAAAACCUUUUAUUCCUUUUCCUUUCCUUUUUUACAGUGGUACCUCGGGUUACAUACGCUUCAGGUUACAUACGCUUCAGGUUACAGACUCCGCUAACCCAGAAAUAGUGCUUCAGGUUAAGAACUUUGCUUCAGGAUAAGAACAGAAAUUGUGCGGCGGCAGUGGGAGGCCCCAUUAGCUAAAGUGGUGCUUCAGGUUAAGAACAGUUUCAGGUUAAGAACAGACCUCCGGAACAAAUUAAGUACUUAACCCGAAGUACCACUGUACUUUGCUGGUCGCACUUUGCUGGUCGCUGAGGACACUGCUCCCCAUCUUAAAGAGCAAGCUGCUCUGUACAGAGCCAGACCCAUGGGUUCAAAUAGCUCAGUACUGUCAGCACUGACUUGCAGCAGCUCUCCAGGAUUUUAGGCAGGGAUCUCUCCAAGCCCCACGUGAAGAUGUCAGGGAUUGAACCCGGGACCUUCUGCAUGCAAAGCAGAUGCUCUACCACUGAGCUGUGGCUCUUUCCCAUUUUUCACAUAGCCAGAGGUGUCUGUGCAUGCUUCUUAUUUAUUGAGUGAUAAUGGUUGCCUAAUACAAAAAUCAGUUUCCAGGUGGCUUAAAAAGAGGAUAAAAACACAGAGGCUGGGGUGGGGGGGAGAAAAGGUUGUAUCCAAUUUCAAGGGUUGUAUUAUGCUCAGAGUAGACCCACUGACAUUAAUGGCCAUGGUCAUAUGCACACCUGUGCCAUAGGAUUUGUGCUCAGAGACCUUUAUCCACCUUGAAAAAUGCUUCUGCGGACUUUCCAAGUUUCCUUGCAGACAUAGCUCAAGGGGUGGCUAUUCCUGCCUUCCUUUCCUGCUUUCUUGCAUUGUGCAAAACGUCAGUCAUAUUUUUUUAAACAAGCACUUAUUUAUUUAACUCUUGCAUAGCACUUUCAAGUGUUUAAGGUGCUUCACACACAUGACCUAGAUGCCCUCCACACGCCAACCCUGCAAGACAGCAUUUGCUAACUGGAAUCAAUGGGAAUUGAUCAGCAAAGUGUGCUGCAAUGUAAAUCAGUAUUUAUUAUCUCGACCUAUAUUGCAGGUGGGGGGAUUGGGACUGGGAAAUCGGAAAGGGUGGGUCAGGGGAGAGAGAGAUUUGCCUUAAGGCCUCCUUGGGAGUUUAUGGCCAAGGUGAGAUUCAAACUGGACACUUCCCAAUUCUCAACUCAGUCUCUUACCUGCUACAUUACAACAUUUGGCCACAUACACACCACUCAUUUAAAGCAUAUGAUCUCCCCCAAAAAAAGAACUCUGAGAACUGUGAUUUACUAAGAGUGCUGGGAACUGUUGCCCUGUGUAGCGUAUCCCAAGAUUCUUUGGGCGAAGUGGUGUGCUUUAAAUGUAUGUUCAGCCUGAUCAAUCUGCCUCCCACCAGACACUUUACGGAUAAAAGCCAAGGGCACUUGAAGAUUCUGCACUUCUGCUCAAUUCUCCAAUGAAGGGUUAAUCCCCAAUCUCAGCCUCCCCUCUCCCAGCUGCAGUUCAUUGUAUUCUUUUCCCUUGCAAUAGCCUGACCCGGCCUGGAUCACGCAGGAGGGUGUGCUAGUAGUAACAGUUUAUGCUUCUUAAGAAUGCUUAAUCUCCCAGUGGAUCUGACAGAACAGCUUUUACAGAACAAAUACCUUCACCCGUAUUUUCUAUUGCAGCAGGCAGUUGAAGGGACACUUGGAACAGGAGUGUUGUGCUAGCAUUGGAACUCUUCCUCCCUCGGCUCAGUUAUUGAAAGUCCAGGAACCUGGGAGAAGAAGGGUGCUGAAAAUUGAAGGAAUCUACUAUUCCCCUUAUUAUUUUAACUGGGGAAUCCAUUUCUUUGGAAGAUAUAUACAAAGUAUGGGAAACCUCAGGCCCCCCAUAUUAAACUUCAGGCCAAAUGCCUCUCUAGCUGGUCCUCAGAGCUCUUCCUAAAAUCCCUGUAGCAUUUUUAGAAUUGCAACAAGGCUGUGGCAGAAGUUUAACAUCCUGCUGAAGAGGCAACCCUCUGAGUUUGCUGAAGAGGCAAGCUGUAUUUCAGAAUGCCCAAGAAUCCCCCAGUUAGAGGCAGCAUUCUUUCCCAGCGCAAUAGCCACACCCUCUUCCACCAGGCAACAUCCCCCACCGGCCUUGCUUUGCGCCAUCCUUGAAUGUUUUAGCCUGGCUGGAAAGUGUCCUUGAACUCUGAGAACACUUCUUGCUUGCCUGGAUGGAAGACAAGGAGGGGCAUGAGAGGGUGCAUAGAACAUAGCCUACUGUUACCAAGGCAACAUUUACAUCUGUUGCUCCAGCCACUUUUGUAUUUGGCCACACCCACUACCUGCACAUGGCCAGAAGGGAAUGUGAACCUCAGGGUGCAAAUGUGUCCCCAUCCCUGAUUUACACUAUACUUGCCAUUCUAAAGAUCUUCUUUGGGGUUUACAAUGGUUUGCAAGUACCAAAACAACAUCUCAUAGAAUUGUAGUGCUAUUGCAUUGAAAAGCAUCUCAAGGGUCAUCUAUUCCAACUCCAGCCAAAUGCAGGAAAUUCAUUGCCACAUACCGGUACUCUCUUGUAUACACACACACAUGCUCCAGAGAAGGAGGGCUGUAGAUAGCGUCCUCCCCCACUAAGCACCAAACAGAAUGAUUUUAAUAUCUCAUCAGGGACGCGGGUGGCGCUGUGGUCUAAACCACCGAGCCUCUUGGGCUUGCUGAUCAGAAGGUCGGUGGUUUGAAUCCCCGCAAUGGGGUGAGCUCCUGUUGCUCUGUCCCAGCUCCUGCCAACCUAGCAGUUCGAAAGCAUGCCAGUGCAAGUAGAUAAAUAGGUACCGCUGUGACAGGAAGGUAAACGGUGUUUCCGUGCACUCUGGCACUUGUCACGGUCCUCUGUGCACCAGUAGUGGUUUAGUCAUGCUGGCCACAUGACCCAAAAAACUGUCUAUGGACAAAUAACGGCUACCUCAGCCUGAAAGCAGGAUGAGCACUACAACCCCAUAGUCGCCUUUGACUGGACUUAACCAUCCAGGGGUCCUUUACCUUUACCUAAUGCCUCAUAACUGGGGUCACUUAAAGGCAGGCAUCCCCAAACUCAGCCUUCCAGAUGUUUUGGGAUUACAACUCCCAUGAUCCCUAGUUAACAGGGCCAGUGGUCAGGGAUGAUGGGCAUUGUAGUCCCAAAACAUCUGGAGGGCCAAGUUUGGGGGUGCCUGCCUAAAGGCCUCAAAGCAACUAUUGACAAGAAGUGCAAAACAAGCAGAGCCACCAAGAAAACACAACAAAACAAUGCACAAGCAACAGCACCCAGCCGCCCAGUGGUCCAUCAUGGCAUUAGAUAUCCCUAUUGAUUUUUGUCUUCUUAUUGCUCUUUUAAUUUCUUAGGCUGUAUUUCAUUGCGCCACAAUUUAAAUUCCGUGGAAUGCAAAUCGUAAUGCGAUAAAAUGCAAUCCAAGAAGUAAAAGGAGCAAUAAAAAGGCAAUUAAGAAUCCUGCAGCAUCCAGUACAGCCCAUUAGAUUUGUUACAAUAGGCAGAAAAAUAAUUAAGCAGGUCCACCAAGACCCUCAGCAAUUUUCAAGUGGUCUUUGGGAAACCAGUUUGGGAACCGCUCACCCAAGGCAUGUGCAAUCGUGCUAACAACGAAAUACGGACAGCGUGUCACCUGAGACAGGUACCAGAAAUUAAAAGCUUCCCCUUGCCAAACCAUCAUGUUUUUGUUUUUUAAAAAAUAACUCUCUCUUGGGGCUGCAUGGGAUGUUAAAUGUAUUUCUGUGCAUCUAUCAUGAGGGUUUCUUUGAAUGCAAAUUGCAUCAGCUGGGGGAACCACUGACUGGUUUGGAGCCGGAAUGGUGGGAUUUAAAUCUUUUCCCCUCUGCAGUUCAGUGGAAGAUUCCCUCCCAAAACAAACAACAGAUUCAGAUGAUAUAUCCACCCCACCGCACCUGAAGCACAGCAUAGGAGGAAAUGGUCAAAUCCCCAUUCCAUGCCUGCCCUGAUCCUGUUAAUGAUCACCUACACAGAGAAUGUGCGGUUUGCAUUUUUUUAAAAAAAGGUCUGCGCACUAGAUGAAAACAUGCAUUUCAUGUCACAUCUAAUUUGACCCUUAUGUCAAGCUCCCAGUUUCCCUCUAGGUUUCUCAUCUGCCUUGGGAAUUUCCAGGCUCGUCACCUGGCCCCAGUUGAUGAGAUGCAAAGUCCAGUCAGUGGCCACUAACUGCUGGAACAGAACUUGGGAGGCUUGUAUUUGCAAGCCCACAUGAUGCAGUCUCAGGAGAGUUUCUCUCUAAAAAACACACACACACAGCCUCAGUUUUGCCAUCUGUAAAAUGGGAAUAGGGACCUAACUCACAGGCUGUGGAAACAAAGUGAAGAUGGUAAAGAAGUGUUCGCAUUCUUCAUAAAUUAUUAGGAUGAGACCAGCCUGUAUGCUCACUCAGUCAAAAGGAUAAAGCAGUCAAUGGCUACUAGCCACAAUGGCUUUUUUCUAUCUCCAUAGUUGGUGACAGUAUGUCUCUGGGCGCCAACUGCUGAGAAUUGCAGGUGGGGGAGAGUUGCUGCGGCACUUAGAUCCUGCUUGCGGGCUUUCCAUGGUUGGUCACUGUGAGAAAAAGGCUGAGAGUGCUGAAAAACAGCAGAGCUUGGGCAAACAAUGUACCGCAUACGUGCUGAAUUAAUGAUGCAUAAUCUCCAAAAGUAUGUGGACGGGCAUGUUGCGUUCAUUUCCUUGCUUUUGGUAUGCAUUCUCACAAAGUUACUAGUCCAUGCCAUUUUCUAAAAUCCUCUUUCUCUAUAAUACUUCAGAUAUAGGUUUGUGACAGCCAUGGACAUAUACCAUGUUGUAUCCUUAAAAUUUUAGGAGGGCUUUUUUCUAGAUGUUGUUAUUGUAUGAUUGUUUGUAAACCCCAGUUCUCUGUGUUCUUUCAUUUUGUUUUACAUAAACUUAAUAGAAAUUCAGGUGCAGAUUUGGAAUAUGUUGUUCUGCUUUUUCCUAGGCUUCCCAGUUGCUUAAAUCAGAUAUUUUGGCAUGGAGCUCUGGAGGUGGAGCCCUCUGGGUCAGGACGAGAGCUCAGAACAAAAGCUGUCUAUCACCCUCCCCUCAAAAGUUUUGAGAGGGAGCAAAAAUUGAUAUUCCCUCUUUUUCUUUUUGAUAAGAGUCUGCAAUGAAAGAAAGAAAGAAAUAUAUGUUCAGGGCUACCUACUAUAGCAAGGGGAAGGGAGAGGAGCAAUGGAAAUCACUGUUUCCCACCCAAAGAUGAAUCAAAGUUGUAAGCAUCUCCAUUGGUCCUGAGAAUCCCUCAAGGAAACGCCCAUAAAUAUCCAAACCAUGAGGACUAGAGACUUGCUUUUCAAGACAAACAAGCCAAAGUUCCUGAGAUCCUCCAGAAUCCUGAUUCCUGCACACUGCGCCCAAUUUUUCUGCUUGCAUGGGAGGCUCAUGGCAGGCUAGAAUAAACACAGCUGUUCUCCUGACUUCAUUUUCAAACAUCUCUUGUUUCAUAAGAAACAGUCAGUGCUUACCAUGCCUGCCAACUUUGCUAGGGUAAACUAAUUAUUUUAUUUCCUCCAGGCGUACCUGUGCUAAGCGUCAUGGUUGUUUUCUUUUUACUAUGUUUAACUUGUCUUUCUUACAAACAAACAAAAAAAGGGCAAAGUCUGGAAAAGGGCAUCGGGACCCAGGAUUUGAAUGCAAACUUGCCAGCUUCCCUGCCUCUGUUUCCUGGUGUUAUUAGGUUGCUCUUCUGUCUGCUUGGCUUGCUUUGCCAUCAACAAUAACUAAGCCACUUAUCCUGGAACCACUUCAGAAGAGGUUUAAGGGCAGUGCCUGCCUUGAAUCGCCAAAUUGCAGGGCAGUAAUCCUGUUUCCUUCUCAGAAGAUUAGAGCAGGGAUGGGUAACCUGUGGCUUGCCAGAGACUGCUGGACAGCUGUAUAAAAACAGCCUGCAGGAUCAGGCCAGUGGCCCAUCUGCUCCAGCAUCCUCUUCUCACAGUGGCCAACCAGAUGCUGGUGCGAAACCAGCAAGCUGGACAUGAGCACAGCAGCACUCUGCCCUGGUACAGUUCCCAGCAACGGGUACUGAGAGGCACAGUGAAGGGAGAACAUACUGUGAUUUUAUGUUUUAACUGCCCUGAGACCUGCAGGUAUAAGACAGUACAGUCAUACCUCUUGUUACGCUCGGUUCAGGUUACGUCUUUUCAGGUUGCAUCCCGCGGCAACCCGGAAGUAACGGAACGGGUUACUUCUGGGUUUCGCCACUCGUGCAUGUGCAGACACUCAAAAUGAUGUCACACGCAUGCGCAGAAGUGGCGAAUCGUGACCCGUGCAUGUGCAGACGCGGGUUGCGUUCUGCUCAUGUUGCGAAUGGGGCUCCAGAACGGACCCCGUGCACAACCAGAGGUACCACUGUAUAUUAUUAUUAUUAUUAUUAUUAUUAGCCAUCGUAGCUAGUAGUUUUUGAUAGCCUUGUCUACCAUGAAUUUAUCCAACCCUCUUUUAAAGUUUGGAAGCCAUCACUGCCUCCUACGGCAGUGAGUUCCAUUGUUUAACUAUGUGCUGUGUGAAGAAGUAUUUUCUUCAUGGCGUUAUGGCCAAGACCCAAAUUCCAUUAAGCCAUUCUUUCCAAGACAGGAAUAAUGUAGCUUUCCAAUUUUGAGCCAAUGACAAUUUUGUGGCUGUUAACAGAUAGAUGGUAAGUUUUCUGUGGUUUUUAACUUGGCUGCCGUUGUUGUGCUGUUUUGAUUGUACAUCAUCUUGAGACCAUUGUGCAGAGGGCAAUUAGUAAAUUAAUGCUCAUGAUAAACUACCCCUCAAUUUCCCUAGGAUGGGUGGCAAUGGAACAAGAACCAAUUGCUCUAUAACCAUAACUUUCUGCUCCUUGGCAUAGAAUCUCAUAAUGCUAGACAUCUAAUGUUGGAAGAUUUGGGACAGACUUUUUAAAAGUAACUUUUCACAUAAGUGCAUGAAAUGUGGAACUCACUGCCACAAGAGGCAGUGAUAGUCACCAAUUUGGAUGGCUUUAAAAGAGAUUAGACAAAUUCAUGGGGGGGGGAUGCUAGAAGUGGCUACUAGCAAUGAUGGCUGUGCUCUGCCUCAACGGUCAGAGGCAGCAAUGCUUUUAAAUACCAGUUGCUGGAAACUACGGGAGGGGAGAGUUUUCUUGUACUCAAAUCCUGCUUGAUGGUUUCCCAUAGGCCCCUUAGUGGCCAUUGAGACAACAGGAAGCUGGACUAGAUGGGCCAUUGGUCUGAUCCAGCAAGCUCCUCAUAUGUUUUUAAUAAUGAUAUAUAUAUUAAUCAAAAUUGCCCGGUAGGCAGCAAACCAUUUCAGUCCAGAAAUACUAAAUAGAGAUACUGAGAAGCCUCCUUGGAGCAGAGACUUGGCUGGCUUUCCAAGAUUAAAGCUGCUUUCCUCCCCACCCCCAGCAAUCAAUUUAUGUCCUCCACGGGGAUGUCUUUUAUUUCCUGUUGAUAAGGUUGUGCUCUGAAAUCUCAAAAGAUUUCAGAAAUUUCAUUGGGAAGCCAAUGAAAAGACACUGGCUUUACAAUCCGUGGGUGGGUGGGCACGCACGCCCCUUCCAGCUAUAUAAACCACUGGAAUUCAGAAGUAGGAAACUUCUUCGCUUAUUUGCUUUAGACCUUCCUAUAAAUAGUUUUUACUGUGGCACUCAAAGCAAUGUGGAAAAUCAUGUUUUAGUGUUCCUAUCCUCUUACUUUCUCUUUUCUUCCUCUUCCCCUUGGUUUUGAAAUGUUUUUCUUUCUUCUGUGCUAAGCCUUGUUUCCUUUUUAACAUUUUCCUUUAACAGUAUCUUAACAGUACAGUAGAAGGGUGGGCAACCUAUGACCCUCCGGAUCUUGCUGGACUGCAAUUCCCAUCGUCCCUGAUUAUUGGUGGUGGAUGAUGGGAGUUGUAGUCCAACAAUAUCCAGAGGGCCACUGGUUUCCUGCUCCCGGUGCGGUGAGUUCUAUCACUGUGGCAACAAACCCUCUCCCAUAUUAGAGCUCUGAUGCACUGUGUGUGCCUUUUGCCCUAUUUCUUCCCCCUUAAUAAGUUCCUGUGUGAGCUGGUUCAUUAGAGCAAAUGGGGCACUGCCCCUCUUACCUUACUUGCCUGCCCAGGGAUGGCACUGCUUGUCAACUUUCUCCUUCUUAGUCUCAGUUUUGUCCUUGUACAGCUGAGCAGAGAAGCAGAUGAUGGCGACAAAACCAGAAUUAGUCUGUUAUGCCCAUCAUUGGCUCUGACUAUACCCACUUUGGGGCUCUCUGCCUUACCAGUCCCAAUGAGCCACCACUGUUAGCAUGGUCACUUAAACAAGAUGAGCAGAACACAGAGAGAAAAGUCCUGAUAACACAUUACUGAGCAAAAACAGUGUGUAAUUUGAGGAGAAAUGAAUGGAAGUUUUGCCUUUCUUAGUUCAAGCCUCAUACAUGGCAGGGAGACAUUCAACCAAAUACACAGAGGAAAAACUCCCUUCGGAGCCAAUCGGGGCACAUGCUACCUCAGCAAACAUCAUGGCACUUUGUCAAGUUGCUAAGCAACACUUCCACCAACCCGCCUCUUAGCUAGUGGCCUUUAACACUAACAGAAUUAACUAUUAAGUUACAAACUGGAUGAUACCUGCUGUUGCACUUCCAACAAGCAGCAUGGAAGGAAGAGCCUUAGACAUGCCAGGGAUCACUUGAUGUUCCAGUCAAUAAAGCACAUAUGUGUGAACCAGGCCUGAGCCCAUUUUCCACCGUCCCUCCACUUAAAUUUCUGCUUAAAAUGGUUGUAGACAGUCUCAUCUCUUCCUCUUUCUUCACCACCCAAUGUUUUAUUUGCAUUAUGUAGCCUGAAGAAGAAUCUGAACUGAAGUCAGUGGAAGAAGAGAAAGAGGUUACGGCCCUCUCUCCCAAAGAGGCUUGCAAACGCCAUGCAGACGAGCUGGCAAAAAUGUUACAGGUAAGAGCCAUAAAACCACGACAGAGACUUUUGAGAAACACUUCAGAAGAAAGAGGUGCAGGUUAGAGUCAUCUUCUUGUCUCUUGUCUUGACAUGUGCUCCUGAAAUGAUCUAAUAUUCACAAUAUUUUCACAAUGCUGCCUGCCAUUGGAAAAGCUGUGAUGAGGUUAGAGAGUGUCGGCAAACAUACUUAACUGCUCAGGGUAACUGUGUCAGCAAAAGACAUCUGACAAGCCUUUGCUGUUUCAACUGCAUCAGAGCAUCCAGACAGGUGACAGUUUCUGCAGGAGUGGGGUUGCAUGGGAGUCAUUGGCCCCAUUUAUUUAUUUUUACAAUUGGCAUGAAUUAACUAGGAAAAGUCAAUGGAGUUGUUGUUGUUAUUUACUAGUGGGGAGCACCCAAUGCUAUCAGGGAAUGAGCACCGAACCCAAAGGGUGCUCAUCAAUGGUUCCUCUUCAUCCUGGAGAAGAGUGACUAGUGGGGUGCCACAGGGUUCUGUCUUGGGCCCGGUCUUAUUCAACAUCUUUAUCAACGACUUGGAUGAUGGACUCAAGGGCAUCCUGAUCAAAUUUGCAGAUGACACCAAACUGGGAGGGGUGGCUAACACCCCAGAGGACAGGAUCACACUUCAAAACGACCUUGACAGAUUAGAGAACUGGGCCAAAACAAACAAGAUGAAUUUUAACAGGGAGAAAUGUAAAGUCUUGCACUGGGGCAAAAAACCUGAGCGGCACAAAUACAAGAUGGGGACACCUGGCUUGAGAGCAGUACAUGUGAAAAGGAUCUAGGAGUCUUGGUUGACCACAAACUUGACAUGAGCCAACAGUGUGACGCGGCAGCUAAAAAAGCCAAUGCAAUUCUGGGCUGCAUCAAUAGGAGUAUAGCAUCUAGAUCAAGGGAAGUAAUAGUGCCACUGUAUUCUGCUCUGGUCAGACCUCACCUGGAGUACUGUGUCCAGUUCUGGGCACCACAGUUCAAGAAGGACAUUGACAAACUGGAACGUGUCCAGAGGAGGGCAACCAAAAUGGUCAAAGGCCUGGAAACGAUGCCUUAUGAGGAACGGCUAAGAGAGCUGGGCAUGUUUAGCCUGGAGAAGAGGAGGUUAAGGGGUGAUAUGAUAGCCAUGUUCAAAUAUAUAAAAGGAUGUCACAUAGAGGAGGGAGAAAGGUUGUUUUCUGCUGCUCCAGAGAAGCGGACACGGAGCAAUGGAUCCAAACUACAAGAAAGAAGAUUCCACCUAAACAUUAGGAAGAACUUCCUGACAGUAAGAGCUGUUCGACAGUGGAAUUUGCUGCCAAGGAGUGUGGUGGAGUCUCCUUCUUUGGAGGUCUUUAAGCAGAGGCUUGACAACCAUAUGUCAGGAGUGCUCUGAUGGUGUUCCUGCUUGGCAGGGGGUUGGACUCGAUGGCCCUUGUGGUCUCUUCCAACUCUAUGAUUCUAUGAUUCUAUGGAAUAUGUAGAAACCAGCAAAUAUAGUGUCAGUUGUGAUCUUGGACCCAAUCACUCCAAAACUGGGCAAAGUCCUGUUGUAGUCUGCCAUCUUGAUUCAAAAUGGCGGCCAGCAGCCAAACGUCAACAAUGACUGCCGCCUCCACGUCAGGAACCCUUGUAUUGAAAUUGGCGACAACAUCUUUGAGAGGUGAACAAACCUACAGAGCAGGCAGACAGAUAUACAGACAGACCACUUUCCAAAAUAUAUAGUAGAAUAUUACAUUUAUAUCUCACCUGUCCUUCAAAGAGUUCAAGGUGACAUUUGUUAGCUCUCUCUUUCUCUACUGGCCACACAAUCAAAUCCCUAAAUGGGUAGAUUAUGCUGGUAUUAUGAACCCAGCAACUCCCAGCAGUAAGGGACUUCCUAGUUAUGGAGCAGAUGUGUUUGGAUAUGUCCCUUGUCUCUGAGGGAACCUAAAGAGUGCUGAGGGGUGUGUGUUUGUGUGUGAAACCUUGGAGAGAAAGAGAGAGAAAGUGGUUGGCAGAGGAAGAAAGGAGAAAGAGGGUGCCCCACCCACCGCCAUCAUGCACUCCCCAACAUAUUACCUGAGGGGAUCCCCCCCCCCCCGCUUUAUGCUGUUUUUUUAAAUAUGCUGUCAUCUUUUCAGGUCGAUAUACAGAAGGGACUGUCUGAAGUGUCAGUGCUGCACCGAAGGAUCAAGCAUGGCUGGAAUGAAUUUGUAAUAGAUAAUACGCAACCAGUGUGGAAGAAAUAUCUAGACCAGGUAAAGAACGGGAAUGCUAGUGGCAAAGGGUUUUGUGGAUCAUUGGAUAGCGGGGUGUAUGUACCCUGUCUCUUUCUCCAGGGUUAUGUUGAGUAACAAUGAUCAAUUUAAAACAAAUAUGUACAUCUGGCAUAGGAGUGGGUGUGUAUUACCAGGACGUUUUCCUGCUCAAGCUCCCUUCAAAUGGUGCAAGAUGCUAAUCUAACCAGCCCAGACGUUUGUUUGACACUUUCUUCAAGACCUUCCAUGAUUAAUGUAGCCUGCAGUUCAGUGGAGGCUGGUCCAUUAGGGCGCUCUGGACACUGCCCCACCAGCCUUGGCCUGCCUUCAGCCAGCCUCCACCUGCCUGCCUCCUGACUUACAACAAGUCUGGGUUCCUGCCUAUUGGACUCCUUCUCCUUAGUCUCAGUAUUGCCAUGAAAGAACUUAACUGGGAGGAGAUGGUGACAAAGCUGGAAUUAGUUGGCUCUGCCUGUCUUUGAUUCUGGCGCCCCCUACUGCUGGCCUCCCACCCCAGGAGAGUGAUGGAGCUUAGCUGCACUCCCCAUUCACUGAGCUCCACCCUAGCCACCUGCCAGCUGCUGUCUCUUGCAUCCCGGCUCUGUCUUCUGAUCCACAAGUCAGUGCCCCUCACCUUUGAUGCUCUGGGGACAUGCCAGUGGUCAGAAAGUGUCUCUAGGGCAGGGACAACAAAGCCUUUUCAGCCUGAGGCCGGCAUUCUCUUCCAGGAGCUGCAGAGCAGUGGUGGGCGGAGCCAGAGGCACAAGCGGGUGGAGCAAAAAAUGCAAAUAUUUAACUUUGUACAAUAGGCUAGAUUCUAUUCACAGAUAUGUAUCCCCCUCUAUUCUUCAUACAGACAAGGAAGAGGCAUUAUCUGAGUUCAAUGGGGUCAUUCUAGUCAGUCAAAAGCAUUCUAGAAGGGUGCAAAGCCAGUGCAGUGAGGGGUGUGGCCUCUGGAGAGUUCUGAGGGCCAGAUAGAGAGAGUGGGAGAGCCCUAUUUCACCCCAGGCUUGAGGUUCCUUACUCAAGCAUAAAGUAAAACUGCCUGGAUCAAGCAGAGAUUAUUAGUUCUGUGCAUGAAUUGUGUGACAACUUUACUCCCACUGUGAAUGGCAAAAAACAAACAAACCCUACUUCAGUCAAAGGAAUGUUUCCUUCUUCUUACCUUUUAGUUUAAGAACCCCCUGAUCCUUUUGCUCCUGGCCUCCGCUUUAGUAAGUGUGGUCACUAAAGAAUACGAAGAUGCCGUGAGUAUUGCAAUGGUACGUGAUUUAUUUUCUUUGGAGUCCUCAUUCUUGGAGACAUCAGAACUAGGGGACUAUUUUCAACUGUACUGAAUGGGGAGAAGAAAGGGGGGGUCAGGCUUCUAGGGGGUAAAGAGAACCACUCAUCAACAGAUUUCUCUAGGUGAGGGGUGGGGUACCUUUUGGGGGUAAAGGGUCCCAGUGGAAGACUGCGGGGGGCUGCAAUCCCCCUCCAAACUUACACCCUUAAUAAACACAGUCUCUUUCUCUUAAGCACACACAGAGAGUUAUUUCCCUUAAAAUCUUAGUAAUUCUGCUCAUGUUUCACAUUUUUAUUUGUUUGUUUUCAGUUUGUCUAGUUUCCAUGUAAGCCUGAAAUAAAUAUCCAGUCUCCACUGGCAUGUGACAUUAUACUGUCUUUGUUGAUCCACUCCCAUUUUUAUUUUACUUUUAGGCUGUCAUCAUCGUGGUGACUGUGGCCUUCAUCCAGGUAUAACCUUUUCUGGUAACUUUUUAUAAUGUUUUUAGAAUGUUGCACUAUUUUAGUGUUGUUAGCCGCCCUGAGCCCAGCUUCGGCUGGGGAGGGCAGGAUAUAAAUAAAAUUUAUUAUUAUUAUUAUUAUAACUGACCAUUUUGGGUUCUCACCCAUUCAGACAAAAAACGUGCCCUGACCGUGAUGUGCUUCUUUUCUCGCAGGAGCACCGCUCUGAGAAAUCUCUGGAGGAACUCAACAAGUUAGUCCCGCCAGAGUGUAACUGGUAAGCCUUGUAAAGCAUCCACACACUUUAAACCUUUGGUGUAGUGCUAGCCAGAUGCCUUCUUCGUGCGUGUAUGGAGGCACAAAAUGCUUGUGUGCGUUUGAGGGGUGAUGGUUACAGUUGGAAUGGUGGCAGGAGAACCCCUACCUCUGCCCGAGUUCCCUGCCCCCCACAAACCUGGAACUGAUACUCACACUUCCCAUUCACAACUGUGCAGUUUAGCCUUCCCUACUAUAGAACAGCCUCCUGCCAACCUAGCAGUUCGAAAGCACGUCAAAGUGCAAGUAGAUUAAUAGGUACCGCUUCAGCGGGAAGGUAAACAGCAUUUCCGUGUGCUGCUCUGGUUCGCCAGAAGCGGCUUAGUCAUGCUGGCCAUAUGACCUGGAAGCUGUACGCCAGCUCCCUCAGCCAAUAAAGCGAGAUGAGCCCCGCAACCCCAGAGUCGGCCAUGACUGGAACUAAUGGUCAGGGGUCCCUUUACCUUUUACUAUAGAACAGCAGAUCAGGGCUUAAGAGGACUGUGUGUGUGUGUGUGUGUGUGUGUGUGUGCGCGCGCGCUUGCUCAGGGUAAACCUGUGUAUUUACAAAUGAUUAAAAUAUCCUUUAUUUACCUACUGGUCACUUAUGCUUUAUUUUACCGACCUGAACUGUGUGUGUUGAAAUGUUCAGUUCUGGGACUGAUGUUCAUUUCCUUCUUCACCAGAAGGACAAAUACCUGCUCCAGCCUUGCCAAAGCAAAUAUGUAAUACCUUUUAUGGUUUUAAUUAUUAUGUCCAGAGAGGUGGCCUAUUUGUCUUUCAAGGUCAGAGAACGCUUUGAUCAUUUCCCCUACUUCCCCUUGUUCCUUCCACACCCAGGGACACCUUGUAGAAAGAAAGGCAAGUGCUUUUGGUAUGAUGUUGCGUUCCAAGUCACCAAACGUGAUUUUGUCACAGUGGCAGGGAAAGCUUUUUCAACCCAUGGGCUGCCUCAGCAAACUUCUUGGGGCCACAUGCCAUUGGUGGGUGGAGCCAAAAGCAAAAGUGGGUGGAACAACAAAUGUUUUAACAGAUCCAAACAGUCUGCAACUAUACUGGAACUAUUUUAAACCAUUUUCUUAUGUGGAAUUGUUUUUAAAUGUUUGUGAUGAUGAUGAUGAUGUUAAAUAAAUUUGUAGACCCGCUUCACAGCCUAAAGCCAUCAAAGUGGCCUACUAGAUAAAAAACAGAAUAAAACACAAAAAGACAAGUUUUAAACACAAUGAAGUCAUUUCAGCAAGCUUUAAAAACAAUAGAAACGUAUUUGCAAAUUCUAAAAACAGUAACGCAAUAUACUAUGUUAUCUGUCUCAUUGUCCACUAUUUUACAUAAGUUAUGUAACUUGUUGCAUUAACAUACGUAACUUAUAUUCAUUUCAAUGUCGACUCCAAAGCAAUGUUUAAAAACAUCAUUAGUUACAUGUUGUUUGUGAACUUAAAAGCAACUUACUUGACUGAUUUCCGUUCCUGACUACAGACAAACAUACAAACAGUAGCCAUUUCUGCUUCCUCUUCUGUUGCCAUUGGAGUGGUCUGACAUCCCUGGCCACCACAAUGCAUUUUCCCCACAACCCUUUUGGCAGCUCUGCUUUGCUCAUACGGUGCCAUUUCUUUCUAUUUAUCUCUUUGUGGGGGGAUACUAGCAUGAGAGAGGGGAAACUGCAGCAUCUUCUUGCUCGAGAGCUUGUUCCCGGAGAUAUUGUGUGCCUUUCUAUGGGAGACAGGGUUCCUGCAGACGUCAGACUCGUAGAGGUAAGAGAUGGAUGAUGGAACAGUACCAUGUGCACUCCAUAACUGGGUGCUCCCGUUUCAAAACUCAGUGUAAAAUUCAACAAGCCAUCUUGUGAUUCAGUUUUUAUGCUUCUGAAGACAAGUAAAUGGGCCCUUGCAAAACCCACCUAUUUCCACUCAUACCUGCCCGCACACUUUGGGCACCUCCUGAAGCCCUUCUCUGUAUGACCCUGUCAUUAGAGGUGCGGUGAAUGGCAACCAGAGACAGGGCCUUCUUGGUGAUGGGAUCCAGAUUGCAGACUGCUCUCCCCAGAGAAUCUCGCCGGGUACUUGCUCUGUGCUAGGCAAAGACCUCCCCCCGCCCCUGCUUAAUGAUGUUCAUUAGGUCUGUUGAGAAAACUCAAUGAAAAAGAUGCAAUUGUGUGUUUGAUGACAUCAAGACAAUUUUUGCUGGGUGUUUUUGUAGUAUGGAAUGACUGCUCUUUUGGGGGGGCAUCAUUCUAUUGAUGCUUGCAUGGAGGGGUGGAUAUGCAAAAAUAACUGGAAACCGUGCCAAUCUGCACAUGCUCCAGUUCCAGAAUUAACUGUAUCAAAUCUCCAAGUUAAACCUUAAUGAAUGAGGAAUGGGAGUGUAGCACCAAAACAGGAAAGGGAUGGAAUUCAUGGGAGUCCAUUUAUCCACUGUUUUGUCAGGUUACAGAUCUCUUAGUGGACGAAUCCAGUUUCACGGGGGAAGCAGAGCCCUGCAGCAAGAACGAUGGCAUCUUAGCAGAAGCUGGAGACCUGAUGACCCUCACCAAUGUCGCAUUCAUGGGAACUCUAGUACGAUACGGCAAAGGCAAAGUGAGUGGUAAAUAACUUCCUUUCACUAGCUGUAAGUAGCCCAUCAUUAGGCAAUUAUUCAUAAUCUUGUUGUAUGCACUGGCAGCAGCAAAUCUAAACCUGUGUGCUCCUGAUUUUUUCCAUGCAGUUACAAUCCGGCACUUUUUGAAUGUCGCUUUGCAAAGGCACACACACAAAAACAACAAAUUCAAGACGUGUCCACAACAAAGGAAGCCAUGUGACGUGAGAAUACUGGCCCACCUGUCAAAGUAGCCCAUUAGUGGUUGGCUGUUUGCCUAUAUAGCUAAUAUCAGCUUUGCAGAGCUGUUUAAGGCCACAUUCAUACCAUACAUUUAAAGCUAUAUGAUACCACUUUAAACAAUCAUGGCUUCACACAAAGAGGAGCUGCAGUUUGUUAAGGGUGCUGAGAGUUGUUUGGAGUUGUUUAUUCCCCACCCCUACAGAACUACAAGCCCUCUUCACAAGGAACUCUGGGAAAUAGCAGUUCUGUGAGGGGAAUAGGGACUUCGUAACCCAGACUUCCUCUUUAACUAUUAAGGAGCUAUCAUCACUCGAAAGCUACAGAUCAUCUUCCUGACUUUGCAUCUCUUGUAAUGCAAAAGAGGUGUGUGUGUGUGUGUGUGUGUGUGUGUGUGUGUGUGUGUACUAAACCAAGCUUUAACUAUGGUUUAUUGACCGUAGUUAACAUAAAUCAUGGCUUGGCAUUAUGUACAAACCAGGUCGUUGUGUCUCCAGCUGUCAUUCAGGGGAAAGUUUUUCAACUCUGGGGAAUACCAUCAAAAUCUAAGAAAAAAGGCAACUUAUUCUUUGCAUUCUUCUGCUUGUUCAGGGCAUUGUCAUUGGAACAGGUGAAAACUCACAGUUUGGGGAGGUAUUCAAAAUGAUGCAAGAAGAAGAGGUGAGAAGGGGUCCAGGGGAAAGUGGACCAAGUUCUUAGUAGGGGAACAUCCAUAGGGUUCUAUUUCAAGAGGGUUUUUCUUUCUUCCCUUUGCUGUCAAUUAAUGCAUCAAGACCCCCAAGACUCCACUGCAGAAAAACAUGGACAAACUGGGGAAACAGCUUACUCUCAUUUCAUUUGGCAUCAUUGGUGAGUUUUGCGAAAUACUUUAUUCCCCACCCCCUUAAUGACCUACUGCCUGUUUUAAGAACUAGCUCCUGUUUAUCAGAAGGGACCAUCAUUUUGGGAGAGACUCGCUAUGUGUGUAGCAGAGACAGGGAAGAAAUUUGGCUCAGAUCGGAUUUCAAGGCAAAGUUACUUAAUCUGUGCAGCAUGCAAACUGAAACACAGUUGUCCUUCAAAAUCCACAGCUCUCUGAAUUUUGCAGUGCAGUUCUCUAGCCAAGUCAUGUGUACAAAAAUGCAAGUUCAAGGGCAAAUUAUCCAUAUGAUGGUGAAAUAACAUGGUUUUUAAAUUAUUAUUUGGGUGAAAUUGCUUGCAAAAAUACAUACCUUAGGCAAAUUUGCAUUUUAAAAUGUGUAUGUGAAGAGAGAUUUGCGCCACAGUGUUGAGGACUUUAGAAACAAAGAAGCCCCAAACCGGUGCAGAAAUGUGGAGAACCAAAAUUAAGGCUGAAAAAAAUGAGAAAAAACAAAAUGGACAGUUUCACCCAUCCCUAGAGUAUAGAUUUGUACAGUAGAAGCCUAGAGUUAGGCUGAGCAAAUGUGACUGACCUGAGGUCCCAACAAACUAACCCAGGGUUUCCCAAACUUUGGUCUCCAGCUGUUUUUGGACUACAACUCCCAUCUAGCAUGACCAGUGGUCAGGGAUGAUGGGAACUGUAGUCCUAAAGCAGCUGGAGACCCAAGUUUGGGAAACCCUGCUCUAACCACUACACCACACUGACUUUAGUUUGUUCCCUCCUCCUUGUGCAUACUUUGAGUAUUUUCAUGUUCGCGUACACACCUGACCAUGCCUGUGGUGCCAUCAAGAUAGCUUCUGUUUUCCUCUCCCCUCUCCUGCAAGGUUUACUUAUGCUGAUUGGCUGGCUGCAGGGGAAGCAUCUUCUUGGCAUGUUCACCAUUGGAGUGAGGUAAGAGCUGGAAGGACAUUUUGUUGUCACAGUAGAAGAACAGAACAGAAUGCAAACAUGCUGAUCAAAAACAUUCCGUGUGCAUAUUUCCUGCCUAUGUCUAGAUUGAGCAGGUGUGGGGAACCUUAGGAUCUGGGGGCCAAUUGUGGCUCUGCAGGCUUCGCUAUCUGGCUCAAGGAUCCCUCCUUGGCCCUGCUUCACAUCCUCCUUGGGAGUUUUUGCCUGGCUGGAAUGUGCCCUUGAACUAGGCCUCUUGCUUCUCUGGCUGGAGAAUAGAGAGGGAUGAGUGUAGAAACUACCCUAGAAAUUACAUUCAUUUCUCCACCUGCAUUUCCUUCUGGCCAUGCUUGUCCCUUGCAUAUGGCCCACAGAAACUUGUCCAGAAUGGAAUUUGGCCCUUCAGCUGAAAAAGGUCCCCCAACUCUGUGAGAGAUAGGUAGACGGACAGACAGAUAGACACACUAUAUUUCCUUUCUAUUUAAAUGACUUUUGAUUACAUUGUACAAAGGAUAACAGUGGUGGAUUCUGGAAAGAGAUUAGUUUGUAAUCAGAGCCCUCUCCAGGUGUUUAGGAGAACAUGUAAGGACUCAAACUGUGGAGGGGGCAUUGCCCCAUUCCCUACCCCUUAAAUUCUGCCGCCUGAGGUGGCUGCUUCAAUCUGUCACAUGGACAGGCCAGCCCUGUAAGACAGCCAAGGAGCCCAUCUCCUAGUUGCUCAGGCCUCUGAACAAGGGUGUUGAGGGGCUGUAGCUCAGCAGAAAGGCCCCUGAUCUGCAUGGAGGAAGCCUCAAACUCUGAACAGCAAAUCUCCCCACUGCCCACUGGCAGACGAAAGGGUGGGGCAGGGGAGCGCACUGCCCCUAGCACCAUCGGGGAGGGGGGUACCAUUGCGGCCACACACCCCAGACACGCGCCACACACCCUCCCACUGCGCCGGGCACCAGGCCCCCGCAGGACGCACGCCACGCCCCUGCGGGCAGCGUGCCACACCCCUGGUAUACACGUCAUGCCCCCACCUGCUCUCCACCCCUGGUGUCGGAGCGCGCAGCUUCACCACUGCCACUGCCCUAAAAGAAAAAAAAAUCCAUUCCACAUAAUGCUUUGGAAACUCCCCAACAGGGUGAUUAAACUAUCAGAAUCUGAUACAACCAUUUUUGUCAGCUGCAGUGGAGAGAGAGCUCUUCAGGCAGGACAAAAGGUAGCACCAGAACCCAAGAGUUUCAUACCUGUAGCUGGUGAGCUUUAUAAGCACAUGUGCUGAUGACAGGAUGGGUGGACACAGCAUCCCCACCCUUCCCCACCAAUAUACCUGCCACGAAACAUUUGCUUCUCUCUGUACAAAUAUUAACCUUGCUGGCCAUAUCUCCCUUGUUGUUUAAAGGCUGGCAUUGUACAUCCUUAUAGUUUGCAUGGCAGGCCGCCUUCUUAUCAAAUGACAUGUGCCAUCUGUUCACGUAUCUGGAAAAGGGAUCCCUUGGCAUCAGAGGAUUGUAAUGUUCGUAUUACUGCCCAGCAGCACGAUAAAAGCAAUGUGUAGCAAAGUCGCUACAGAUAAAGAGAAAUGGUUGAGGACUUGGAAGGGAAAAGGUUUAGGCUAGGUAUAGAAACAAGGCAGGCAACUGUCAAUGGAGGGCAGACGCUGUUGAAUAAAAGUAACACUAAAGUGGACCAGCUAGAGUUGUCAUCUUUUCCUGCACAGUCCCUCUGUCCCUUAAGGGCUAUGAAUGUUGCCUUUCUCUGUAUUCUCUUGUUCAGCAAUAUUUGCGCCUGAAGCAUAGAUCAGGGCUUUGUCAGUGGUGGCAAACAGGCUGCAGAGCUCUCCACCAACAGACAUCCAUCUGGCCCCUACACUUCUGUGUUUUGAUGGCAGGCAGAAAAGUAUUUUCAUACUAGACCAGGGAUGGGGAACCUCCAGCUUGUGAGCCAAAUCUGACUGGCUAGACCCUGGAAUCCAGACCCUGGUGCUUUUUGGAGAUCACGCCUCAUUCUCUGCACUGACUGACUGAUGUCUCACUUGCUCUGUUCACAAUUGCCAUAGCAGGCAAAGCAAAGUGUACUGAGUGAGUGUGAGAGAAAGAGAGAGAGGAAGAGAGAGAGAGAGAGAGAGAGAGAGAGAGAAUGGGUUGUGCAUGUCCCACUGAUAUAAAGUUCUGACUAUUUUCUCCCAAAUGAAUGUGGCCCUUGGGUGGGGCAGGGGGAAGGUCCCCCACCCCUAUGGUGGAAAACCUUUCCUUCCUCUGUUAUAUAUAAAAAAGCUCGGAGUCAUACAAUACAUGGAUUGGCCAGAGAUUUAGGACAGAAAAAGUGAGAGUACAGUGGUGCCUCGCAAGACGAAAUUAAUUCGUUCCGCGAGUUUUUUCGUCUAGCAAAUUUUUCGUCUUGCGAAGCACGAAAUCCCAUAGGAAUGCAUUGAAAUUCAAUUAAUGCGUUCCUAUGGUAAAAAAAAGUCUAAACAAAGCCAAAUUUGUUACCAGAUAAGAGUUUAUUAAGUGCUCUUUAAAGUUCACACAUACUGUAAAGAGCAUUUCCUUAAAAUCUGUAAGGAACAAUCAAAGUUAAGUCUUCCUAAACAUGACAGAAAAACAUUUAAAAAUUCAACAAAGUGUACAGUACAUUUUCUAAGACUCUGGGGGACAAACUCAGAAGAAGGUUCCUCUUCCACUCUUUGCUUCUUGCUGAAAAGAACGCCCUCCUUCAACUGUUCCCUCAGUCCACCCACCACACAGAAAUUCAAAUCCAGAAUUCUUUUUAAACAACAGCUAGAGUUGGCCCAAUGGUCACAGAAAAUCAUAAUAAAUUUCAGAAAAAAAGCCACACAAGCUUCCAGAGUCUUGCAACCCCCUCCGCAACUGUUCCCCCAGCCACCCACCACACAGAAAUUCAAAUCCGGAAUUUUUUUAAAAAAACAGCAGAGUGGCCCAAUGGUCACAAAAAAUCAUAAAAAUGCAGAAAAAAACACACAAGCUUCCAGAUUCUUGCAAACCCCUCCCCAACACCAAGUCCUUGAAUUCCAAACACCCCAACCCAAAAUCCAAAACCCCCAAAAAGUUUUAAAAGUUUAACUUACCAAAUGGCUGCAAAGGAAGUUUUGGAAAAGCUUCAAAAAUCACCAAAGUCUUCAAAACCUCAAAAAGGCUACCACACCGCAGUGCUAUGAGUUGCUCCUCGAAGUCAAGUCGCAACUGCACCUCUUCAAGCAAUGCACCCUGUAUUACUGUAACGGUUUUAAGAAAAGAGGAAACAAACUUGCAAGACGUUUUCGUCUUGCAAAGCAAGCCCAUAGGGAAAUUUGUCUUGCGAAGCAGCUCAAAAAACGCAAAACCCUUUCGUCUAGCGAGUUUUUCAUCUUGCGAGGCAUUCGUCUUGCGGGCCACCACUGUACUUCAGAGUCAACAUACAAAGAAAUUGGACCAGUUGGUUAAGCCCAAAUGAGGCUUUGCAUUCUGCAUUCUGCAAAGCUGGCACCAGACUGCAAACAGCCCUGCCUCCGAUGGACGUCUGUGAAGCUCCACUAGGCAUAGGAACAAAGGAAGCAGCCUUCCACGUAGAGUCAGAUGAUUGCUCCAUUGAGCUCAGUGUAUUGUCCACACUGACUGGCAGUGGCUCUCCAGGGUGUCAGACAGGGGCCUCUCCCAGCCUUACUUGGAGAUGCCAGGGACUGGACGUGGAGCCUUCUGCAGAUUCUUUACUGUCCUUCCUGCAACUGAGCCUGAAGCUCAAGUGUUGAAAGAGGCAUCCAGGGCCCAUGAAAAGGCAGGUCUUAAUGUGUUUCAGCAUCAGGGUCCUGGAGCAAGUUGAUGCUUGCAUAUACUUCCUUACAGGAGUUAGUGAGGAUGGUGGUGUGUAACACCAGUGGUAAAUGAUUCUGUGUGUGCAGCUUAGCGGUGGCUGCAAUCCCAGAGGGCCUCCCCAUCGUGGUCACGGUGACCUUAGUCCUGGGCGUCUUGAGGAUGGCCAAGAAACGAGUCAUUGUGAAGAAGCUGCCAAUUGUAGAAACUCUAGGUAAGAGCACCAUGCGCAUGAAGGCGGGUCAUGGGGUGGGUGUUAGCAAAACUGGAUUUGCUAACUCUGUGGCUGAUUCCCCUGUCGUCGUUUCCACCUGUUCAUUUAAUGUGAGGGAGGCAUUUCCUUCACUCUCUCAUAACUUUGUGUAUUCUAAUGAAGCUGAAUGUUGGAAUAUUCAGAGCAGACAAGAGAAAAUACUUCUGCACACAGCACAUAGUUAAACUGUGGAAUUCAGUCCCAUAAAGGGCAGUGGUGGCCAUCAGUUUGGAUGGCUUUAGAAAAGCAUUAGAUAAUUUCAUGGAGGAUAAGGCUACCAAUGGCUACUAAGCAUGGUGGUUCUACCUCCACUGUUGGAAGCAGUAUAUGCUCUAGAUUCCAGUUUUCAGGGAAUCAUGGGUGCAGGGGGUGUUGUGGCACUCAGAUCCUGCUUGCAGUCUUCCCAUGGUCAUCUGCUGUUGGAGUAGAUUGGCCUUUGGUCUAAUCCAGCAAGUCUCUUCUUAGGUUCUUAUCCAGCACAUGUGAAUGCUUAGCAGCACGCGCACACACAUGCCUGUGAGCGCAACCUCUGUUCUGACAAAUCCUCUCUUCUCCUCAGGCUGUUGCAAUGUUAUCUGCUCUGAUAAGACCGGGACCUUGACAGCCAAUGAAAUGACUGUCACUCAGCUCAUCACCUCAGAUGGAUUCAAGGCAGAGGUACAGUCAGCGGUUUGGGCAAAGUUGUCAGUUGUAAUACAAGACAACUCUGAACCUAUAAGCGUCCUUGGUUGAUAGCACUCUGAUCUUGUCAUUUUAUAAGAUGACAAGGGUAGUGAUGUGCUUUUAAAUGCUUUCAGUGCUGUUUUAAGUAGGGUUACUUAUUUGUUUUUGGUUGCUUUUUUUAAGAAAAUACUUUCAUUUGUCAUGUGUUUUCAGUUGCCUAUGAUUUAUGCUGUGAAAUGUCUUGGGUCCUGCAUGAGGAGAGAGGCAGAAUAUAAAAUAAAUAAAAUGAAUAUUAAUCUGAUUUAUUUGUUGCCUAGUUCAAAACGUCUCUAGUAACUGACAUACAUAAUUUAAAACAACUAUCAAGCUUAAUAAUAAAGCAACAAUGCUCCCCCCCCGCCAAAAAAAUGUAACACAGAAAGAGCAAUGAGCAUCAUAAUAAUAAUCUACUCUCAAAUGCUUGAGGGAACAAUCAUGCCUUAAAAUGGCACCCAAAGGAUGUUAAUGUCAAUACCAGAUGGGCCUUGAUAAGGCAAGUAUUCCAUAGAUGGAGAGGCCAAAAGUGGAAGAAAAAACCCUUUCCCUUAUUAUCACUCAUAAACCCAUAAUUUCGCUUCCAGUGGGCUACUGAUUCACUUUGCCAAUUAACUUCAAUCCAUAAAUGCCAGCAUUUCUGCCCGCUUUCCUUAAGAUAUCAGUGUCUCCAAAUGUACCCUCCUCUUUCCAACAUUAAAUAAUGUCAGCUGGCCAUAGAGUUGGAUCUCCUCUGCAGGUGUCUUCUGUUCUUCCAGGUGAGCGGGGUUGGGUACAACAGAGAAGGAGAUGUGUGUCUCUUACCCUCCAGAGAAGUCAUCAAAGAAUUUUCAAACAUCUCUGUGGGGAAGUUAGUGGAGGUAAGUUAUUUGCCAGGGUUAUUACUAUUUCGUAGGAGGAGCAGAGUAGACAUGAUGGCCUAAACAACCAAUGUGAUAAGACUUCCGGUGUUGAUGGAACAGGGGUAGGCAGCCUUUUGACUGCUAAGGGCAAUCAUGCCUCAGCAAUAAAUGGGGUGGAGGGGGCAUAUUGGCAAGCAGUGGAGCUGAACCAGGGGUUGGUGGGAGUCAAACUAGGUAGGACCACCCCUUCUCUCUCUCUCUCUCUCUCUCUCUCUCUCUCUCUCUUUCUCUUUCUGACUCCCCUUUCUCUCCCUACCCACUGAGCUGAUACGGAACAGACAGAUCACUCUUGGCAGAUGUCUAACCUGAUCACUUGCAGAGGACUUUGGAAUUUAAGCCAAGGGUCCAAGAUUUCCUACCCCGGCCCAAAAGAUGGCACCACAGACUUCAAUCCUUGCUUGUGUUGCAUGCCACCCCAAUCUCUGAGCGAUGUGAGAUUGUGGGAGUUCCAGGUGCUUAUCCAGGGUUUGUGGUUUUUUUUGGAAUGAGGCAUAGUGGAGACCAGGGUGUCUUUAUUAUAUGUGGAUUAUUUAUACAUAUAUACAAGCUGAGUGCAUGCUGGAGGGGUUCACAGCAUUAACACCCCAAGAGGGCCUUGCUUCCUCCCAUAGCCAGUGUCUUAGAUUCUAACAGAAUCUCUCUUUUCCUCUCUCCAGCUUUUCUCCUAGCUCACAUCACUCCAAACUCUCUCCUCUCAACUCUAUCUUUGUCUUUCUAACUACCCACGAAAAGGGGGGGGGGAACCCAUUACCAUCUCACACAGAUCCACUUCCUUUGUUCCCUUAAUGGCCCAUCACCCAGGCAGGCUAUCAGCCUGCCUUACAACACUUGCUGGAGCCAGAGGUUAGAAGUGUCUCUGCAUGCAGCCUACUCAACCCAGCCCCCCAAACUCAUCACACUUGCAGCUGAGCAAUCUCUAAGCCCAGGGCUUAAGCAUAACAGUCAUUUGAUUCAUUUCCCCAACAAAUGUCACAAAGAAGCAAAUCUCUUUCAGGCUGGCUGUGUUGCCAACAAUGCAAUCAUCAGGAAGACGACUGUGAUGGGGCAGCCGACUGAAGGGGCCCUGAUAGCCCUGGCAAUGAAGGUAGGGUGGCUGUUGCAAGCCCCAGGUGCUUAUUAAGUUUUAGAUUUAAUCGGCUCUGUUUAAUUUGUAAUGGCUUAGCAAGGUUGCCAAAAAAUGAAGGUAGGAUUUAGUCUUCAACUGAUCCGGUAAGGUAUCUCACCAUGGUUGCCAAAAUUGAGAGAGAGAAUUUAGCAUUCAGCUGAUCUGCCCAUUUAUCAACAGCAGAAUUGAAGCAGAAUUAUAGUGUUAUAAACCCAAGGCAGCCAGAGAGCAACCUGACUUAGUGAUCUUGGCAGUGAUCCUCAAAACUCAAUAAGUAUAAGGAAAUGUGCCCAGUGGAAAUAUUUACUGUAUUUUUCCGUGUGUAAGACUAGGUUUUUUUCCUUAAAAAAUAAUGUCAAAAAUUAGGGGGCAUCUUAUACUCUCAGCCAUCUCCCCCCAUUUUAUUCAAUCUGAGUCCCCCAAAAUAAAAGGUAAAGGGACCCCUGACAGUUACAUCUAGUCACGGAUGACUCUGGGGUUGCAGCGCUCAUCUCGCUUUACCGGCCGAGGGAGCCGACGUAUGUCCUCAGACAGUUUUCCCGCGUCAUGUGGCCAGGAUGACUAAGCUGCUUUUGGCGAACCAGAGCAGUGCAUGGAAAUGCCGUUUACCUUCCUUCUGGAGCGGUACCUAUUUACUUGCACUUUGAUGUGCUUUCAAACUGCUAGGUUGGCAGGAGCUGGGACCGAGCAAUGGGAGCUCACCCCGUCGCGGGGAUUCAAAUCGCCAACCUUCCGAUUGGCAAGCCCUAGGCUCUGUGGUUUAGACCACAGCGCCACCUGCAUCCCCCAAAAUAGGGGGCGUCUUAUACAUGGGGCCAUCUUAUAGACAGAAAAAUACAGUAGUCUACCCACCUUCUUGGACCAUGUCGCACAGUAAAAAUGGUUUCCCUUCCUCUCCUUGAUAUAGGUGUUGCAUUGGGCAAGCUGGUAUCCUUAGGGACACUCCUUUGUUAAGUGGAAGAGUGACUGAUAGCCUGGGAUGGUUGGGUGGCGACAGUGGUGUAGCUAGCUGCUCAGGCGCCUGGGGUGGCGCGCAUGCCCUGCACCCAGAGGUGGGGUGAACUGCCCAUGGGACGGAGCAAGCCGGAGCAGGAUGUGCUGCAUGGAGCCUCGCAAACCCCACUCUGCUGUUUCGGGCAGCACAGCGCCUGUAGGCACCCAAGCCACUGCGUCACUCCCAGGACAGACACAUGACUCGGGCACCCUGCAGGCCCUGCAGUGUGUGGCGCCCAGUGCCCCCCGCCUCCCCUAGCUACACCUCUGGGUGAUGGUUCAAUCAAGGGGAUAGGAAAUGGUCUCUUGAAAGCUGGAGAUCCCUCUAGAGUGUUUUGAAGGAAACAGAUGGGGAGGAUACCUCCGUCCCAUGGGGGAGGUUGCCCCAAGCCUCUCUAUCUGGCCCUUGGCUCAGUCUGGGCCAACCAGAUUUGUAUGGGAAGCCUGCAAGCAGGGACUGAUGGCAACAGCAGCUUUCUCCACUUACGAUUCCCAGAAGCUGGGGUUGAUGCCUCCAACAGUGGAAGUAGAACACAGCUGUUGUUGAGGGUCAAAUGUUUGCCAUCCCCUGUUCAUUUGUAAUAAAGCAAAUAUUGCAAGAUCACCAAAAGCUUCCACUGACCCCUCUCUGGAAAGGAAAGGUCAUAAUGUCCUGAGAACUUCUUACCAUGUGGCAAAUGGGAAGCAUGCAACUGUAUUUAAAUAUUGCCUGAGUCACACUUCAAAAACAUAAGAACUUGGAAGCCCAAGAUACUGCCUUAAACCAAGUAAAACCAUUGCACCCAUCUAGCUCAGUAUUGUCUGCACUGACUGGCAGCAGCCCUUCAGGGUUUCAACAAGCAUUUUGUCAUUAACGUUCAGCAUAUGAAAACCUGUCAGAUUUCAAAUUGAAUGGUAGUCAUUCCUUUUGAGCUCUACCGCUCAUGUAUGUAUAGAAUUAUUAAGUGCUAAAGCCCUGGUCCUCUUUCUCCACGCCCCCCCCCUUUUUUAGAUGGAACUGAGUGAUAUAAAAGACAUCUAUAUAAGGAAGAAGGAGAUCCCAUUUAGCUCAGAGCAGAAAUGGAUGGCAGUCAAAUGUGCUCUGAAAAACCAGGUAAAAGCAAGCAACUUGUUUUUUGUUAUCUGUGAUUAUUUUUUUUAAAAGAAAAAGAAUAAUGAUACACCACUGGAAUCAAGUUGCGAUCAGUCAGUACACAUUACAUUUUUAUCCCACUCUCUCUCCCUCAUUCACUCACCCCAGUUUUACUCUCACAAGAAGCCUGUGAAGGUGCUUAGACUCAGAGAAAUUGGAGUACCUGUCCCAGGAUUACCCUAUGAACAUCAUAAGGCUGAGAGUGCAUUUGAACCUGCGUGUCUCUUCCAUCCAAGUCCAGCAUUCUAAUUACACAUGGUGUGGUGUUGAUGGUUGGAAAUCAUCAACCUGUCUGUUUUUCUGUGUGUUAUGUCACUCUAAAAAACUCCAUAGACAUUUUUACAAUAGGUGCAACAGACCAGAUUCACACCAGGCAUUUAAAGCACUAUGAUACAAAGAAUUCUGGGAGUUGUAGCUCAUUAAGGGUGCUGAGAGCUGUUAAAAUACCCCUCACAGAGCUAAGAUUGCCAGAGUUCCUUGUUAAAAGGGAUUGAUUGUUAAACCACUCGGCAGAUUGUAGCUCUGAAAGGGGAAUAUGUAGAUCUAGAAAAUGCAGUGGUACCUCGGGUUACAUACACUUCAGGUUACAUACGCUUCAGGUUACAGACUCUGCUAACCCAGAAAUAGUACCUCGGGUUAAGAACUUUGCUUCAGGAUGAGAACAGAAAUCGUGCAGCGGUAGUGCGGCAGCAGUGGGCGGCCCCAUUAGCUAAAGUGGUGCUUCAGGUUAAGAACAGUUUCAGGUUAAGAACGGACCUCUGGAAUGAAUUAAGUACGUAACCAGAGGUACCACUGUGGUAAAGGUAAAGGGACCCCUGACCAUUAGGUCCAGUCGUGACCGACUCUGGGGUUGCGGCACUCAUCUCGCUUUAUUGGCCAAGGGAGCUGGCGUACAGCUUCUGGGUCAUGUGGCCAGCAUGACUAAGCCGCUUCUGGUUAGCCAGGGCAGCGCACGGAAACGCCGUUUACCUUCCCGCCGGAGAGGUACCUAUUUAUCUACUUGCACUUUGACAUGCUUUCGAACUGCUAGGUUGGCAGGAGCAGGGACCGAGCAACGGGAGCUCACCCCGUCGUGGGGAUUCAAACCGCCGACCUUCUGAUCGGCAAGUCCUAGGCUCUGUGGUUUAACCCAACAGCGCCACCCGCACCCCUACCACUGUGGUAGAACUAGGCAAAACACAACACACGGAGAUUUGUUGUGAUGAGAGAUGUUGUGAUGAGAGAUGUUGUGAUCGAUCUCUCUCUCUCUCUCUGUCCCAACCUGAGGGUGCUGAGGACAGAUCUCAGGACUUUCUGCAUGCAAAGAAGAUGCUCUACCACUAGGCUAUGGCCCUUCCUCAAUUGUUCUUUUCCUCGUUUCAUAGGGGCAAGAAGAAGUCUACUUCAUGAAGGGGGCCUUUGAAGAAGUGAUGCAGCAUUGCACCAUGUAUAACAGUGGUGGCAUCUCCCUCCCAAUGACACCGCAGCAGAAGUCCGUCUAUGUUCAGGAAGAGAAGCACAUGGGAUCACUUGGCCUGAGGGGUCAGUUCAUGGCUGUACCUCAUCCCACCCCUGUGCUUGCUUGAGUCUUGUGUGGGUUGACAAGCUGGGCAUCCGGACUGCAUCCCUUCCAGCUUGUUAUUCCACACACACAAACACCAGGCACCUGAAUGCUGAAGGACAGAGGAGGCUGCCGUAUGCCAUGUCAGACCCUUGGCCCCUCUGGCUCAGAACGGUUGACACUGACCAGCCAUGCGUCUUCAAGAGCCAUCAGUAUCAUCCUUACAUUCUUCUGGGUCUCAAGGCGGAUCACACAAAUUAAAUACAGAUAAAACACACAUAGCUAAGAACAUGUAAUAGGUCAUGGUUAAAAAGCAAUUGAACAAUGUGGGUGGAACCAUAGUACCAGGAGCUAUUUCCUUAAAAGCAGUCAGUUCCCCAAAGGCAGAAGGACAACAAGGUGGGACCUGGCCAAGCUUUUUUAGGAAGGGCAUUCCAAGCCUGAGACCAGCCACUGAGAAGGCCCUCUCCCACGUUCCCAUCAAACAUGCCCGUGAGGGUGGCAGGACUGAGAGAAGGGCCUCUGCUUAAGAUCUCAGAGACCAGGCAGGUCUGUAUGGGAGAAUUCGGUCCUUCAGAUAGUCUGGACCUAAGCCGUCUGGGACAUUUGCAGCCCCCCACAGAGAUGCUGGAGGUUGGACCAUUUUCCCCUGAGCCACAGCCCAACCACAUUGCCACCUGGAGCCUACACUAUGCCUUCCUAUCUUAUGCUGCAGUGUAGCUUCUGCCCGUUCCAGAAACACCUGAGGAACACACACACCCCUCUCACCUGUGCUUAUAAGAACCAAGCACUUCUUGACUUGAGAUAUUUUCAUGCUUGUGUUCUUUUAGCUUAGUAGUAGCCAACCUGACGCCUUCCAGAUAUUGUUGGCCUGCAUGCUCAUCAUCCAUGGCCAUUGACCAUUUUGGCUGAGGCUGACGCAUGUUGUAGUCCAACCACAUCUGGAGCUUUCUUAUAUGGAGUCGGACCAUUGGUCCAUCUAGCUCAGUAUCAUCUUCUACACAGACUGGCACUGUCCGUCCAGGGCUUCAGGCAUGAGUCACUCUAAGCCUUACCUGGGGAUGUUGGGGAGAGAACCUUGGACCUUCUGCAGAUUCUCUACCACUGAGCUAUGCCCCUUUCCCUUUCUGAGUGGCAGCGUGAAAUAACCUGGUCUGUUGUCACUUUCUCCGCUCCUUCCUAGUGCUUGCCCUGGCUUCCGGUCCAGAACUGGGCAGGCUAACAUUUUUAGGUCUUGUGGGAAUCAUCGAUCCGCCAAGGCAUGGAGUGAAGGAAGCUGUUCGAGUCCUCAUUGAGUCGGGUGUUUCAGUGAAAAUGAUAACUGGAGAUGCCUUGGAAACAGCCCUCGCCAUUGGUGAGCAAGAUAAACCGUGCCACCUUCUUGCAACAUUUUGGGCUUUGCGCUUUAGAGAAAGGACAAGUAAAGGAGGGAGAUGUGAAAGAGGUGUAUAAAAUUAUGCACAAAGGAGAGAAAGCAGCUAGUGGGGAGUUGGUUGUUUUCUUUUGCCCCAGAAGGGACGCAGGUGGCUCUGUGGUCUAAACCACUGAGCCUUGGGCUUGCCGAUCAGAAGGUUGGCGGUUCAAAUCCCCGCAACGGGGUGAGCUCCUGUUGCUCGGUCCCUGCUCCUGCCAACCUAGCAGUUUGAAAGCACGUCAAAGUGCAAGUAGAUAAAUAGGUACCGCUCCGGUGGGAAGGUAAACGGCGUUUCCGUGCGCUGCUCUGGUUCACCAGAAGCGGCUUAGUCAUGCUGGCCACAUGACCCAGAAGCUGUACACUGGCUCCCUCGGCCAAUAAAGCGAGAUGAGCGCCGCAACCCCAGAGUCAGCCACAACUGGACCUAACGGUCAGGAGUCCCUUUACCUUUAUAAUACCAGAACUCAGGGCCAUUCAAUGAAGCUGAAGGCAAAAGGAAGGCCUUCUCUACACAGCAUGUAGUUAAAUGAUCGAAAUUGCUCCCGCAGAAAGUAGUGGUGGCCACCAACUGAGAUGACUUUAAAGGAGAAUUUGGACAAAUUCAUGGAGGAUAACACUACCAGUGCCAGCUAGUCUCAAUGUCUAUGUUCUUCCUCCACUGUCAGAGGCAAUAUGCUUCUAAAUACCAGUUGCUGGUGAGCUCAAGUGGUGUGGAUGCUGUUACACUCAGGUCCUGUUUGCAGACUUCAAAAGGCUUCUUGUCAUCCACUGUGAGAACAGGGUGCUGGACUCAAUGGGCCAUUGACCCAGCAGGACUUUUCUUAUGUUCUGCUUACACUGAAGCAAAAUUCAUUGUAUCACGCUGAACAUCGCAGCUGAUUAUCUCUACUGCCCAUUUCCCUUCUUGCUGUACAAUUUUAUUUUAUUUUUGUAUCUCAGAUAUCUGCCUCUGCUCCCACGAGGCUGGAUUUGCCUUUGGCUGUUCAAGAUGCUCCAGGGGCAAGGCUAGGUGACAACUUGGUGACCUAGAAAUAGACUUUGGUGGAAUGUUUCUGUCAGAGUUACCAGAAAUCCCUUGUCAAAUGCCGUCUCUGCCUCAGUUGGGAUGGUCAGUCAUAUCCUUUCCCUUUCCUUCAUAGGACGAAAUAUCGGCCUCUGCAAUGGGAAAAUGAAAGCUAUGUCUGGGGAGGAACUGGAGAACACCACAGAAUCAGCACUAUCAUCAACCGUCAAAAAUGUAAUGGCGCUUUGAAGGGGUUCCAAAACACAUGGUGUGUGCUCAUUCUUAAAACCCCAGCCGUCUCACAUAGAUCUGCUUUCUCUCUCUCUCCUCAUUAUCCAGGUUUCCAUCUUCUUCCGAACAAGUCCAAAACACAAACUUAAAAUCAUAAAGGUAUCUGCUGACCCUAAAGAAGCCACAAGUCUGUCCCUUUACCAGAGAAGCUAGUUCUGAUUUCUGCACCGUGGUGGUCACUACUUUGCUUCUGAUUUGCCCACUUCUGUUCAAAUUACCAUUUUCCUUCUAUAGCUUCUCUUUUCCUGCAACUCGUUCUGGGAAUCAUUCUCUGCUGGUUCUUUGCCGUAGAUAAGGGAGUCGGGGAAUCAAUUUCUAUAAAGGAUAACUGAAGCAGCAAUUGCAAAUCAAGGUGUAUCUUCCUUGCCUUUCAGUGCUCAGAACUACAUCUUCUAGCAAUAACCACUACAAAAUACAGUUGGAAAAGUCCAGUUUCUGGAUCCAUUGGUUUAGGCCAGGCUUCCCCCAAUCCAGUGCCCUCUGGGUGCUUUGGACUACAAUCCCCAUCAUCCCUGACAAUGGCCACACUGGUUGGAGCUAAGGGGAGAUGUAGCCCAGUAACACCUGAAGAACAACUGGCAGGGAAAAGGCUGCACUAGGCAGUGAAUUACAUCAUUAUUAUUUAUUAAACUUAUUAGUUGCUUAAAAAAAAAAUAGCCAGUGGAAAUGCAUUCAAUGUUUCCUGAAACUAUCUGUGCAUUUCCCCCUACUCUUCCACAUCCCUUUGUCUCACGAAGGGGAGAAAUGAGCCCUGCCUUUUUCUCUGUUUUUGUGGUUGCUGCUCCUGUUGGUUGACAAUGGUACAAUUGUCUAGCCAUGCACAGUCACUUCUCAUUUGCUGUGAUCUUCGGUUGGGUGAUUUGCUGAUUUGUCACUUUGGUCAUGUAUUGUAAAGAUCAUGAAAGUGGUAAUCGGAUGUAGGCAUGUCUUCAUUUAAGUGAACCUCUGUAAGUACCCAGAUUGGCUGGCCUGGGACUAUUACAGGCAGCAUAAAAAAAUAUGUGUGCCCUGAUUGGCUGGUCUGGAAUUUUUCCUGGCAACAUUCAACACUUCUUCAUAUUAUUGGUUGGGUUUGAUCCUACUGAUCACAUUUGCAUGAAGAUGCAUCCUUAAAUUAAAACUGAUUGCAUGAGCAAAAUAAUACCUAAUAAAAGCUUGUUUCUUAACCAAUCCCCAUUUAUCCUUUCAGCUAGAAUUGUUAAUUCCCACUGCUGCUGAAAGCCCAAAUUCUAAAUGACUAAUCUCUCCAGAUUGUCUUCCUGUGUACUGCAUUUUGUUGUUGUUUUUGUUUUUAAUUUACUGUUUUUUUCUUUAUUGAAAGUUAGAAAACUACUGUGUUUGACAUUUUAUAUUCUGGAGAGGCCAAGAUCAUACCACAUAGAUACGUGCUGAAUUUUGUAUUCAUUUGACACUUUCACAGGCUUUGCAACAGACCGGCGCCAUUGUGGGGAUGACGGGAGAUGGAGUGAAUGACGCAGUGGCUCUGAAAUCUGCUGAUAUUGGGGUUGCAAUGGGGCAGGCGGGCACAGAUGUCAGCAAGGAAGCGGCAAACAUGAUCCUUGUCGAUGACGACUUCUCAACCAUCAUGUAGGUGGCUCUUAAGAGGCACAUCAGACAUCCCAGCAUCUCUCAUCUUGCUCUGGCUUCUACAUUUGUUUUAGCAGGGGAAGCUGAUUUAUUCAUUCACUAUAUUUAUGAGACACCUCAUAAAAUAAGUUCUCUGGAAGAAGAGCGCAAAACAUUAGCAACAAAGCCACAAGCAACAGCAUUCUAACCUGAAAACAGAACCAGCAUGAUAAAACAUGACAUACAGCACAGAGCACAAACAGCCUCCGUCCUGGACCUGCUAUUGUUGUCAUUUGGCUGGAUGGAGGGGCUGGGUUGUGGCAAGAUGAGGGCUAUGGGUACAUGCUGGUAGGACCCCUAGAAUGACUAUCAAUAUCAAAAGCAUGGUUGGUGGUCCAAAGAGUGAGAGUCUUUUCUGGGGCUGCUCCCAUAUUGUGGGUUUCUUUCUCAAGAGAGGUUAGCUUGGCUCCCUCCUCGUUAUCCUCCCACCAGCAUUUCAGGAAAUGACAUCUUUGCCCCUGCUGUGAAAUAUGUGGUGCCAAUUCAUCCCUGACCAUCUUUGCUCCACUGGUUGUUCUGCACUUAGGGCUAAUCCAGACUCCCUUUUGUGCUGUGUCAACACAGGCACAGGUCAACACUUUAAAGCUCCCUGUCCAAGCACCACCACCACCACCCUCUGGCACUUUCUCUUUACCUCUGAAUCGGAACAAAUGGCAGUCCAUGGAAACCCCAAAUUGCUGUUUGUUCCAAUUCAGUGUUAAGGAGUGGGUUUUCCUGGGGAAAGCAGCAAGGAGAAAAAGUUUCUCAGACAUAGAGCUUGAAACCAUGGACCUGGCUGUGCCUAGAAACAAAGUGUGGAUGAGCCCUUUCAGCAGCACUGGCAGUUCCUGCUUCCCCCAAAAUCCAGAGCUUGGUUGUCCCAUAAAUGGAUAUCAGUUUACACGCUAUUCCUUUUUCCCCAACAGGAGUGCAAUCGAGGAAGGGAAGGGCAUCUUUUACAACAUUAAAAAUUUUGUUCGGUUUCAGCUCAGCACGUAAGUUCUUCUUGACUUAAACCCAGGGGCGGAGGAAGGGGUGUGUGGACCGCCCCAGGUGUCAUCAAUGAGGGGGGUGAUAAAAUGCCAGGCGGCACUCACCGUGGAGCCUGUAGCAUGUCCGAGCCACGCGUCCCUCCUGGAGUGACGCGGUGGCUUGGGCACCCCCAGAUUCCAUGCUGUCCCAAAUGGUCCACCCGCCGCCUCCCCCUCAGCUGUAGGGUGGCUGAAUGGGAGGAGGCAGGCAGACUCCUUGGAGGCCCCACAGAGCACCCUGCCCCUAUGGGCACCGCGCACCACCCUGGGUGCCCAGGUGGCUUCCUCCACCACUGCUUAAACCACGUAAGAAUCAACCACCAUCGGGGCCACAGAAUAUCCAUGAAGACUUAACUCACUCACUCUUUGUGUUCACGGCAGGAGCAUCUCGGCACUGAGUUUGAUCGCUCUGUCAACAGUCUUCAAUUUGCCAAACCCACUCAACGCUAUGCAAAUCCUGUGGAUCAAUAUCAUAAUGGAUGGGCCCCCAGCACAAAGGUUAGGACACAGGAAGAUUGGCGGGGGGGGGCAGGAUUCACACUGGAAGCCUUCGCAAUGCCCUUCUAAAAUAUGUAAGGUCCUUGGGAGGGCACCUCACUGCAGAUUUACCUCUCCGACAGCUCUGACAUCAGGAGAAGGAGAUCCAACAAUGGAGACUCUGUCUCUGAUGGCACUGGCUUCUCUGAUGCCCUGUAGGUCUAGUGGUAGGGCCAAAAUUUGGUGUGGGUGUGUGUUAGAAAAUAGCUUAGUUCCAAUCAGGCAAAGGAUGCUGGAGAUCAGGCAAUGUUGUUGGACCAGAGACCUUGUUGGCCCUUGUGGUCCUUGUUGGCCCUUGUGGUCUCUUCCAACUCUAUGAUUCUAUGAUUCUAUAUGGUGUUUCCUGCUUGGCAGGGGGUUGGACUCGAUGGCCCUUGUGGUCUCUUCCCACUCUAUGAUUCUAUUCUAUGAUUCUAUGAUUCUAAACCAUUUGGACCAGUGAGUUGGUUCUGAGGUAGACAUUUGGACUUGGUGGGUAAGGACUGGCUUUUGGGAGUCGGCUUGCUGUCUGGGCUGACAGUGCUGUAGCCCAACUGGUGUCCUUGAGUCCCAGAACUCUUAGAUUUCAGAGGAAACAGAAUGGUCUGUACAGGCCGUUUACUGAAUACUUUACAUUGUGGUUUCCUUGUGCAAGUUGCAGAUUUCUUCCCAGAAAAAUAAAAUAGCUAAUGAAUCUGUGCUAAUAAAACAGUGGCUUGGGAUUUUUGUGUUUGUUUUUUUCUGGGCCUGGCAAACAGUUUGGGUGUUGAACCGGUGGACAAAGAUGCCAUCAAGCAACCUCCAAGGAGCAUCACUGAUACGAUUCUCAGCAGGUCUCUGAUUCUGAAGAUCUUCCUGUCAGCCACCAUUAUAAUCAGUGGAACCAUGUUUGUCUUUUGGAAAGAGGUGAGAAAGAGGAUGUGGCACUUGCAUCUGUGCUCCAAAUAAGCAGUAACUAAGGGCACAUUCAUACCAUACAUUUAAAGCACUAUGGUAACACUUUCAACAGUCACAGCUCUCCCCGCCCCCCCGAAUUCUGGGAGCUGAAUUUGUUUUAAGGUGUUGAGAGUGGUUAGGACGCUCCCUAUUCCCCUCCCAGGGCUACCAGGGCUCCCUUUGUUAGAGGGACCCACUCUGGGAAUUAAUCUCUUUGUACAGUACUGUUGAUUUUAAUCAUCUUUUGAAAGUGUUUAAAUACCUCUUUUAAAAAGUGUUUUUAAUUGAUAAUUUCAGCAUGCGGCUUUAGUGUAAGCCACUUUAUUACAAACAAGCGGUGCAUAAAUUUGGUUAUAACAAAAGAAGCAUUUUUAAAAGUUGCUACUAGUAGAAAAGGUUUUCACCACCUUUAAAAGGGGAUAAGACAAGGCUAUCAAGGGUUACUAGUCAUAAUGGCUGAAGGACCUCCAAUAUCAGAGGCAGUGAUUCCUCCAGAUACCAGUUGCUGGGAAUCACAGGCGGGUGGAGUGCGGUUGUGCUCACACCAUGCUUUGGGGCUUCCCUUAGCUAUCUGGCUGGCCACUGUGAGAACAGGAUGCUAAACUAGAUGGGUCUUUGGCCUGACCCAGCAGGGUUUUUCUUCUGUUAUAGAUAUCUCUUCCAAUCAUAUGUCUUUCACCCUUGUAAGAAAACAGCACACACUGCAAAUCAAAAUCAUAAGGUUGCAGUUGGAAUGGGCUACAGAACACUCCCUCUCUUCUUUUUUCGCCUGGCUUCUAAUUAUUUCCCUGUAGCCCAUCAAUCAUCGCACAUAGAUUUAAGGCUCCUUGGCACUGCAGGGCCUUCUAAUCUUCCCUCGAAAAAAGAAGAAAGGCCAGCUUUCAAGGUGACUGUGACUUUACAAACAAAGGGCUCAUUGUGAGAUGGGAGGGCUGACUUUGCGCAUUCUCCAAACAUCCACACUCCCUCCCUCCCUCUCUCUUACGACUGAGUUUUCUCACUUGCGUUUUUUCAGAUCCCGGAAAGUGGCAUAACGCCACGGACCACAACAAUGACUUUCACUUGCUUUGUGUUCUUUGACCUCUUCAACGCCCUGACAUGUCGUUCCCAGGUGAGAGAGGUGUUGGUCGCUAAGCCCAAAGAGGAGUGUGUCUGUCAGCAAAAGAAGAUGCCCUAUUAUUUAUGCUUAAAGUGUUAGUAAAGGGAACUCCUCCUCUCAAGCCAAGGGACGGACAUCUUUUUUAAAAAAUAAUGAUUUUUAUUUGAUUUUAAAGGAUAUAAACUUAUAACAAAAUCUAUUAAAAAUCUGCAUAAUGAGAUUACUCUGAAUCUCAUGACUCCCCUCCAUCCUCCUAAUGCCAAUAUUUACAUCUGCCUAUCAGUCCAUUAUCAACAUUUUUUAAUCCAUCUAAAUUGUCUAUAGUCUUUGUUACCUUACAAGUGAGAUUAAAAUCCUGCUAAUGUUUUCAUCUGCUUACAAUGGUCUCCUAAAUAAAUUAUAAAUUUCCCCCAUUAUUUUUUAAAGUUCUUGCCUUCUUGGUUCCUGAGCUUUCCAGUUAAUUUUCCCAUUUCAGCAUAGUCCAUCAACUUGGUUUGCCAUUCUUCCCUGUUGGGGGGGGGACACAGACAACAUCUUAAAUGGGUGGUACUAAUUUCAUAUCAGUGACAAAGAGGCUUGUAGAACCUUAAUGACUAACUAAUUUAUUACAGCUGGGAUGGGGAAACAUCCAAAUGUUAUAGCAUAGCUUGCAUGGACUACAUCCACUUUAUCUUUCAUGCAACUGAUGAAGUAUACCGUAAUUACCGUACAUCAAAGGUUAAUCUAUCUAGCAAAAUCGGCUUAGAAACACCAGGAUGUCUGUGUUAUCAAUACAACUGUUGUUGUUUUGUCAAUAGACAGCCUACAGUUCAUCCCAGAGUGUGGCCAUACUGAGACAAAGGAAAUUCACAGGGAUGUAAAACUGCAAUGUAAAACCAGCAAAUUACAAUUACUGUAAUCAACAUCUACCUAUCACAUUGGAUUGAAUUGGGGCAAUGGAUGUUCUCCAUCGCUGGAAGUAUUUAAGCAGAGACUGGAUGGUUAUCUGUCAGGGUUAUUGUAAUUACAUCCCAAUUUGCAGAUCCUUCACUUGAAGAUUAAGCUAGUUGACCUCCAAGAUCUUUUCCAAACUCUUUAUUUCUAUCAUAUGAGUUUGCCCAAAAGCUGCUUUGAUAAUAACAGGCUAGAUUCAUGAAGGAGAGAUGUGUAAAGUUGGAUCUAUUUCCCCACCCCAAUUAUCAUUUUUUCCCCUCCUCCAGACAAAACUGAUACUAGAAAUUGGUCUUUUCCGAAACCACAUGUUCCUGUAUUCUGUCUUGGGGUCUAUUUUGGGUCAAAUGGCUGUUAUUUACAUCCCUCCACUACAGAAGAUCUUCCAGACGGAGAAUUUAGGAGCACUAGGUAAGUCUGAUGACUGAAGCUCUGAAAGAGGAUUGGAUUUUUUCUUCCAAAAGAUUUAAGUGCGUAGCUGUGGCUGACAAUUAUCCCAUCUUUUUCAGGAGCUUGGAAGGUUGACACAAUAGCAGUGGGAAUAUAUAGGUCUUGUUAGGGGGCAGUUGCAGGGGGCGGUUUGAGGGGGAACAAGCUGAAGCUGUACUUGCCAAGGAGCCACCAGUAGCAGACUCCAAGGUUUCAUCUGUCUCACACCUGACCUCAUUUGAUGGCAUGAUGAUGAGCAGAAUUCUCCCCUCUGAGGCUUGGGAAACCAAAUUAUCCCCACCCCUCCAAACUCCCAGAACAACCUAGUUUCUUCUGAAUACAAGCCCAAUUGAUCCCUGAUUACACCCACACCACCAAAAAAAGACAUUAGUGGGAGCACUAUGAUCCGCCCCCCCCCGACUCCUAACAGCCUUGUAAUGCCCUCCAUAUUAUCAGACUGCAACUCCCAUCAUUCCUGACCAUUGGCAAUGCUGGCUGGGGCUGAUGGGAGUUGGAGUCCAUUAACUGCUGGAGGACCCUGCAUCGGCUGUAGUCAACCCCUCCUCCCAGGGAAUUUUGGGAAUUGUAGCUCUGGGAAGGGAAUACGAGCCUCUUAAAAAAUCCUCAGCACCUUAAUAAAUGACAGCUCCCAUAAUUCUUUGGGGAAAAGCUAUGACUGUUUAAUAUGAAUGUGGUCCUUGCCUGUAUAUCAGCAACAGAUUGAAUCUUUUUUUCUUCCCCUCUCUAUCCUUGGUAGAUUUGCUGUUCCUCGCGGCCCUGGCUUCUUCGGUUUUCUUCCUCUCUGAACUGAUCAAAGUGUGUGAGAAAUAUUGCUGCGCCCCAUCAAAGACGGACAGCAACAUCCAACUAGAAGCUGUGUGACCAAAAUAACUCGGACUUCCCUUGUUGUGGAAUGCUGUUGGAAUGGAACUGUGAUCUAGGACAAUUCACAGGGGACAAGUGGAUCUUUUUAUACACCUCUCAAAAUUCCCAACCAUCUCUACAUCCCAACCCUGUCACCCACUGAUCAGAUUUCUUCCCUGUCACCAUCCAGUCCAUUGUUACUAGUUUUGAAAGGCGGCUUGUGUUGUUCCCAGCUAUUUCUCAGCUUACAAGAGUGUCUUCUGCAGGGCCAGAGAAUGGAGCAGGAGAACCAAAUGAAAUAACCACAGCACCAUCUUUAUUUAUUUAAGUUGCAAUUACUUCUUUUGUUAAUAAAAUGUGCCUUAUAGGGGCUAAUAUGGCGUAGUCGUUGAGAGCGUUGGACUAGGAUUGAAAGCUGGGUGGUUGCAGGGAGACAUAGGUUCAAAUUCCCAUUGAGGUCACCAAGCAACUUUGGCCCAAUUACCAUGUCCAGCCUAGCCUACCUCACAGGGUUGUUGUGAGGAUAAAAUACGGAGGGAGCAUAGAGGACCUAUGUUUGCAAUCCUGAACUCCUUGGAGGGAGAGGGAGAUAAGAAGAAAAAGAAAUAAUCAGGUAAAUCUUGCUGAGAUGGAAGGCUUCAGUCGCACCAGGGUUCGUUUUUUCUCCAAUCUCGCUGCUAAGGAAGGUUCCAUAUGAGACAUCUAUCACAGGAAUCAGUUUGGAAGAUACCUUGGGAGAUUAUGUAGUGCAACACUGCAUUGACAUGGCAGCUUAUUCCAUUUCCCUGAUGAUUCCUUAACUGUUAAUUUCUGCAUUAUAUCUGAACUUUUGCAUGAUAUAAAAGCCACUUCCAGGAAACUAAUGGAAUAUAGCACAUAUUUAGCAUUCAUUUCCAUGUUAUUUAAUUCUUGGGUGGGGGAGGUGACUGUUUACACCCCCAGAAAUUCUGGAAGCGAAAACCCAGAAAAUCUUGGAAGUGAUUAAAUUUGGGUUAGUAUUC